UCCCCAAUCAGGUCGGACCGGCGGCAAUAUAGGACGGGCGCGGAGACCGCUUCCCGCCACACGCAGCUUGGGUCGGGAGCGGCGCGAGGAUGUCUGGUAGAGGCAAGGGCGGGAAGGGGCUCGGCAAGGGGGGCGCCAAGCGGCACCGCAAGGUGCUGCGCGACAACAUCCAGGGCAUUACCAAGCCUGCCAUCCGGCGCCUGGCUCGGCGCGGCGGCGUGAAGCGCAUCUCGGGGCUCAUCUACGAGGAGACGCGCGGCGUGCUGAAGGUGUUCCUGGAGAACGUGAUCCGCGACGCCGUCACCUACACGGAGCACGCCAAGCGCAAGACGGUCACGGCCAUGGACGUGGUGUACGCCCUCAAGCGCCAGGGACGCACCCUCUACGGCUUCGGCGGUUAAGCUACUCUCGAGAACGGUCGCGCUGCUGCAACACAAAGGCUCUUUUCAGAGCCACCCAAGCACUCGAGAGAAAGGGCCUAAUCACUGUUUAUGUUAACGAU